AUGCCCUACAUGCGGCCUGGCGAGCGUUCCAAUCACAAACCAGACGGCCAAUUUCAGACCGUCGAGCCGCCGCAUUCAAAGCUCAGCUACAUGACCUCAUGUUUGGCGGCUUUAGAGGCGCUGUGCUACCACAGGACGGAUACCGCAAAAACAUCGAGUCAGGCCUUUGUGAAAGCCCAGUUUACCCAGGCAGACGAAGCAUUGCAGGAAUUCAAAGAGAGAAUCGACUUGGCCAAGACCCCAAAGGAACGCUACGAAAUAUGCUGGGAGUUAGGGGAGCAGGUAAUGCUCCAGAAAGAGGUGCUAGAAGCGCAGGCCAGCACGGCUUGGGAGGUGAUCGAGAGCACUAUGAGCCAAUCUGGCAUAGCACAGGCUGUAGGAGAAGCCAAGGUUCCAUGA